ACGUUUUUUGAAAAUAAUCACAUGGAGAAACAAUUAGAAGAAUUUAUUCCAUUUCUUGAAAAUGAGUCAAGAUUGGAAUUGAAAUCUGUUGCAUUAUCACAUAUAUUAAGUUUAACUGGAAACCACGAUGGUGUAGAAGUUCUUAUAUCAAAUGAAAAAUUGCUUCGUACACUUGUGAAACUUAUAAAAGAUCCAAAUUAUGUUGUAUCAAAGGAUGCUUGCUUCACUUUGAUCAACAUUUCAGCUGACAGUGAGUCAGUUUGUGAUGCUCUUUUGAAAUCAAGUUCAACAAACUACGAUGAAUCAGGACUCGUACAAAUUCUUCUUCGGAAUAUUCUCGAUCCCGAAUCAAAAGUCACAGAUCCAGUUCUUUCGAUAUUUUCAAACAUAACUCGUUCGGAAAUGUUGGCGACGAAAAUUACACAACACAUUCUUGAAAUUGAUGAGAACAUUCUUGAUCGACUGGUGGCUGCUUUUACAAAAAUAAAUUACAAUAGACAUAAACAGACGUUGAAUUAUCUUGCGGCAAUUUUCAGUAAUUUGAGUCAAGCAAGCAUGUUUAGGAAUUUAAUUGCAAAGUCUGAAAGUCGACUUCUUCAACGAUUAUUGCCUUUUACUAAUCAUGAAACAAGUUUGAUACGACGUGGUGGCAUUGUUGGAUUAGUCAAGAACAUUUGUUUUGACUCAUCACUUCAUGAAUGGCUUUUCAGUGGCGAUGUUGAUGUGCUUCCAUUUAUCCUUUUGCCUUUAUCAGGUCCUGAAGAGUUUGACGAUGAAACAAAUGAGAAAUUUCCAAUUGAGUUGCAAUAUCUUGACUCGGAGAAAAAACGAGAAGUCGAUCCCGACAUCAGAACAAUGCUUCUUGAAUCACUGGCGCAACUUUGUGCUACUAAAAAUGGACGAAACUACUUGAGAGAAAAAGGAACUUAUGAAAUUCUUCGCGAGUUACACAAGUUUGAAUGCUCAGCGGAAGGUGACAAACGUUGUCUUCGUACAUGUGAAGAUGUUGUUGAUAUCCUCAUAAAAACAGAAGAUGAAAUCGGCCAUGAUAAUCUCAAACAAGUUGAAAUACCCCAAGACAUGAUUGAGAAGAUUGAAAAGUUAAUUGAAUAAAAAAAUGAAAAUGAAAUAAAAA